CCCAAAAAAAGCCACCCGUGUCUUUUCCAUGUGUUAAAGAUCAGGACUGUCUGUCUGUCAGGACGAAAUGUCUGUCCUUCACUUUUCAACCUAGAGUUGAAACGCUGCAAGCAUGGGGAAAGGGAGUGGUGCUGAAUAUGGAGACGGAAAGAAGAAGAAGAAGAAGGAGCAGGAACUGGAUGAGCUCAAGAAGGAGGUGUCCAUGGAUGAUCACAAGAUAUCUUUGGACGAUCUGGGAAGACGCUACGGAGUCGACCUGGCCCGGGGUCUGACCAAUGCCAAGGCUCUGGAGGUGCUGGCCAGGGAGGGGCCCAACGUGUUGACUCCUCCUCCCACCACCCCAGAGUGGGUGAAGUUCUGCCGUCAGCUGUUCGGGGGUUUCUCCUUGCUCCUCUGGAUCGGUGCCAUCCUCUGCUUCCUGGCCUACAGUAUCCAGGUGGCCACAGAGGAUGAGCCAGCCAAUGACAACUUGUACCUGGGUGUGGUCUUGUCAGCUGUGGUCAUCAUAACUGGCUGUUUCUCCUACUACCAAGAGGCCAAGAGCUCACGCAUCAUGGACUCCUUCAAGAACAUGGUUCCUCAGCAAGCCCUAGUGAUCAGGGAAGGAGAGAAGAUGACGAUCAAUGCAGAGCUAGUGGUGAGGGGAGACCUGGUGGAGAUCAAAGGAGGAGACAGGAUCCCUGCCGACCUCCGAGUCGUCUCAGCCGCGGGCUGCAAGGUGGAUAACUCCUCUCUGACUGGAGAAUCAGAGCCUCAGACACGCACACCGGAGUUCACCCAUGAGAACCCCCUGGAGACUCGAAACAUCGCCUUCUUCUCAACCAACUGUGUGGAGGGUACAGCCCAUGGCGUAGUAGUAGGGACUGGAGACCACACAGUGAUGGGUCGUAUUGCCACCCUGGCCUCUGGGCUGGAGACGGGCCAGACUCCCAUCAAUAUGGAGAUUGAACACUUCAUUCAACUGAUCACGGCCGUGGCUGUAUUCCUGGGGGUCAGCUUUUUCAUCCUGGCCAUCAUCCUGGGGUACACCUGGCUGGAGGCCGUCAUCUUCCUCAUUGGCAUCAUCGUCGCCAACGUCCCCGAGGGCCUGCUGGCCACAGUCACUGUAUGUCUCACCCUCACUGCCAAGCGUAUGGCCAAGAAGAACUGCCUGGUCAAGAAUCUGGAGGCUGUGGAGACCCUGGGUUCUACAUCCACCAUCUGUUCCGACAAGACAGGCACCCUGACCCAGAACCGCAUGACCGUGGCCCACAUGUGGUUCGACAACAUGAUCCAUGAGGCCGACACUACGGAGGACCAGUCUGGUGCUACCUUUGACAAGAGCUCGGCUACAUGGCAUGCUCUGUCCCGCGUGGCUGGACUCUGUAACCGUGCUGAGUUCAAAGCCGGGCAGGAAAACCUCCCCAUUCUGAAGAGGGACACUGCGGGCGAUGCGUCGGAAUCUGCUCUGUUGAAAUGUAUUCAGCUCUCCUGUGGGUGUGUCCGUUCCAUGAGAGAAAGAAACGCCAAGGUGGGAGAGAUACCCUUCAACUCAACCAACAAGUACCAGCUAUCCAUUCAUGAACAAGAGGACAAUGAAAAUGGCCACCUACUCGUUAUGAAGGGAGCACCUGAAAGAAUAUUGGACAGGUGCAGCACCAUCUUGAUCCACGGCCAGGAGGUUCCAAUGGACGCCAACUGGAACGAAGCUUUCCAGAGUGCCUACAUGGAGCUGGGAGGGCUGGGAGAGAGAGUUCUAGGGUUCUGCCACUUGCCACUGUCUCCGGCCCAGUUCCCUCGGGGGUUCUCCUUUGACUGUGAGGAAGUCAACUUCCCUAUAAAAGGGCUGUGUUUCGUUGGUCUCAUGUCCAUGAUCGACCCUCCUCGCGCCGCCGUCCCUGACGCUGUGGGGAAAUGCCGCUCCGCAGGGAUUAAGGUCAUCAUGGUGACUGGCGACCAUCCCAUCACUGCCAAAGCCAUCGCUAAAGGCGUGGGUAUCAUCUCCGAGGGCAACGAGACUGUGGAGGACAUCGCUGAAAGACUGAAUAUUCCCCUGAGUCAAGUCAACCCCAGGGAUGCAAAGGCCUGUGUGGUGCAUGGAGGGGACCUGAAGGACAUGAGCGCAGAGUACCUGGAUGACCUACUCAGGAACCACACUGAGAUAGUGUUCGCCCGCACAUCACCUCAGCAGAAACUCAUCAUCGUAGAGGGCUGCCAGAGAACGGGGGCAAUCGUGGCGGUUACUGGGGACGGAGUGAACGACUCGCCGGCCCUGAAGAAGGCUGACAUUGGGGUUGCUAUGGGGAUUGCUGGGUCUGACGUCUCCAAGCAGGCUGCAGACAUGAUCCUCCUGGAUGACAAUUUCGCCUCUAUUGUCACUGGAGUGGAGGAAGGUCGUCUGAUCUUUGAUAACUUGAAGAAGUCUAUCGCCUACACACUGACAAGUAACAUUCCAGAGAUCAGCCCCUUCCUCCUCUUCAUCAUUGCCAGCAUUCCCCUGCCCCUGGGCACCGUCACCAUCCUCUGUAUCGACUUGGGCACAGACAUGGUUCCUGCCAUCUCAUUGGCCUAUGAGACGGCUGAGAGUGACAUUAUGAAACGUCAGCCCAGGUGCCCAAAGACAGACAAGCUGGUGAACGACAGACUGAUCAGCAUGGCCUACGGACAGAUAGGUAUGAUUCAGGCUCUGGCUGGUUUUUUCACCUACUUUGUGAUUCUGGCUGAGAAUGGCUUUUGGCCAGAGACCCUGCUGGGCAUCCGUCUGAAAUGGGACGACCGUGCCAACAACGAGGUGGAGGACAGCUAUGGACAGCAAUGGACCUACGAGCAGCGGAAGAUUAUUGAGUUCACGUGUCACACCUCGUUCUUUGUGAGCAUCGUGGUGGUGCAAUGGGCCGACGUGAUUAUCUGCAAGACCAGGAGGAACUCUGUCUUUCAGCAGGGCAUGAAGAAUCGUAUCCUGAUCUUUGGCCUGUUUGCUGAGACUGCUUUGGCUGCAUUUUUAUCCUACUGCCCAGGAAUGGACAUCGCCCUCCGCAUGUAUCCUCUGAAGGUCUCCUGGUGGUUCUGUGCCCUCCCCUACAGUCUCCUCAUCUUCAUAUACGAUGAGGUCCGCAAGCUCAUCAUCAGGAGGUAUCCUGGAGGUUGGGUGGAACUGGAGACAUAUUACUAACGUUCAGAAAUGUGUUAUUGUUAAGAUUGAAUUUCUGUGUGUAUGUAUGUGAAUGAGUGAGUACGUGUGUUUGCAAGGUCUAGCUAACCAAAGAACAGCAAAACUACCUUACAAUUUGUAUUUUGUCUUUGAAAAUAACAAACAAGCCUACGUAAUCAGUAAAUCAGAAAAUCAGCCCACAUUACCACUGAAAAUAAAUGUAUAUUACCACUGUAACUGCUGCUAGUGUGUGUGUGUGUGUGUGUGUGUGUGUGUGUGUGUGUGUGUGUGUGUGUGUGUGUGUGUGUGUGUGUGUGUGUGUGUGUGUGUGUGUGUGUGUGUGUGUGUGUGUGUGUGUGUGUGUGUGUGUGUGUGUACACUAAGUGUACAAAACAUUAGGAACACCUUCCUAAUAUUGAGUUGCACCCCCUUUUGCACUCAGAACAGCCUCAAUUUGUCAGGGUUAUGGACUCUACAAGGUGUCGAACGCGUUCCACAGGGAUGCUGGCCCAUGUUGACUCCAAUGCUUCCCACAGUUGUGUCAAGUUGGCUGGAUGUCCUUUGAGUGGUAGAACAUUCUUGAUACACACAGGAAACUGUUGAGCGUGAAAAACCCAGCAGCGUUGCAGUUCUUGACACAAACCGGUGGACCUGGCACCUACUACCAUACCCCAUUCAAAGGAACUUAGAUAUUUUGUCUUGACCAUUCACCCUCUGAAAGGCACAUACACAAUCCAUGUCUCAAAUGUCUCCAGGCUUAACAAUCGUUCUUUAACCCAUCUCCUCCCCUUCAUCUACACGGAUUGAAGUCAAUUCAACAAGUGACAUUAAUAAGGGAUCAUAGCUUUAACAUGGAUUCACCUCGUCAUUCUAUGUCAUGGAAAGAGCAGGUGUUCAUAAUGUUUUGUAUACUCAGAGUAUGUGUGUUUUUACAGUAUGUGUGCGUGCUUUGUGUUUGUCUGUCAGACAAUUGGUCUGUUAUUGCACGGAUCAGUACACCAUUCUGUUAUCAUAGAGGAUACCGCUGCAAAGAAAGCCUGUAAUUGUGAUUGAUAUUACUGAGUUUUGACAAUAACUACACUGGAAGGACUUUCCAAAACCCAAAUGUUAAACAAACAAAAUGUUGCAAAACGGCUGUAGCAUACAAGAUGUUGCAAAACGGCUGUAGCAUACAAAUGCACCAUAAAUUGUUUUUUGCUUCACCAAAUAAAAUGUACUUCAAAAGCUAAACAUGAAUUGCAUCAAUCAUCAGUCCUGUAGGUUCCGUUCCAAAUGGCACCCUAUUCCAUACACAGUGCACUACUUUUGACCAGAGCCAUAUGGGCACUGGUCAAAGUAGUGCUCUAUACAGGGACUAUAGGGUGCCAUUGGGACACACAAAAUGACAGAUGGGGUGUUGUGUGAAAAUAAAUUGCUCUGAAAUGUGUCUCGAUAUGAAAUAAAGUUAAUCUGAACGAA